AUGGGUUCAUCAGAUAAGAAAAGAAAAUCAACAGAUGAUGUUGAACUAUCAGAAAAGACAAAAUUAAAAUUAGCUAAAAAGGAAGCUAAAAAGGAUAAAUCAAAUAAAUCAGACAAGAAAGAUAAAAAAGAUAAAAAAGACAAGAAGGACAAGAAGGACAAGAAAGAUAAAAGUGAUAAAAAAUCAAAGAAAGAUAAGAAAGAUAAAGUAUCAAAAUCUGAACCAAUAGAAGAAAGUGAAGAAGAAGAAAAACCUAUCACAGCACAAUCAUCAAAUUCAAAUGUUUCAGGAUCAGGAUAUACUCAAUCUUUAGAAUUAACAAAUUUACCACAAUCAACAAUAGAUGAAUUUUUAUCAACAAAUGAAGUAACAAUAGAAGAUCCACAAAAUUUAAAUUAUAGACCAAUAAUAUCUUUUAAACAAAUUAAUCUUAAUGAAAAAAUUUCAUCAAAAUUAAAUAAAUUCCCAAAACCAACUCCAAUUCAAUCUGUAUCAUGGCCAUUUUUAAUUGAUGGUAAAGAUGUUAUAGGAGUUGCUGAAACAGGUUCUGGAAAAACUUUUGGAUUUGGAGUACCUGCUAUAAACAAUAUUAUAACUUCAAAAAAUAAAAAUUUAAGUGUAUUAUGUAUAUCACCAACAAGAGAAUUAGCUUUACAAAUUUAUGAUAAUUUAAAAGAAUUAACUGAUAAUACACCUAUAUCAUGUGUUGCAAUAUAUGGUGGUGUAUCAAAAGAAGAUCAAGUUUCUAAAAUACGAAAUGGAGCUAAUGUUAUAGUUGCAACUCCAGGUAGAUUAGUUGAUUUAAUUAAUGAUGGAUCAAUAAAUUUAAGUAAAGUUAAUUAUCUUGUAUUAGAUGAAGCUGAUAGAAUGUUGGAAAAGGGAUUUGAAGAAGAUAUUAAAAAAAUUAUUGGAUCAACUAAUGAAAAAGGUAGACAAACUUUAAUGUUUACUGCAACUUGGCCAAAAGAAGUUAGAGAUUUAGCUAAUAAAUUUAUGAAUGAUCCAAUAAAAAUAACAAUUGGUGAUCGUGAUGAAUUAAGUGCAAAUAAGAGAAUUACUCAAAUUGUUGAAGUAUUAGGUGAUAAAUUUCAAAAAGAAGGAAAAUUAAUUAAUCUUAUAAAUAAAUAUCAAGGUCCUCAUAGUGAAAAUAAAAUAUUAGUAUUUGCAUUAUAUAAAAAAGAAGCAUCAAGAAUAGAAUCAUUACUAAAAAGAAAUAGAUUCAAAGUUGCAGCAAUUCAUGGAGAUUUAUCACAACAACAAAGAACAUCAGCAUUAAAUUCUUUUAAAACUGGUGAAUGUAAUUUAUUAUUAGCAACAGAUGUAGCAGCAAGAGGUUUAGAUAUCCCCAAUGUUAAAUACGUUAUUAACCUAACAUUCCCAUUAACUAUAGAAGAUUAUGUACAUAGAAUAGGUAGAACAGGAAGAGCAGGUCAAACAGGUAUUGCUCAUACUUUUUUUACAGAAGAUGAAAAACAUUUAAGUGGUGCAUUAUGUAAUAUUUUAAGAGGUGCUAAUCAACCAGUACCUGAAGAUUUAUUAAAAUUUGGUGGUCAUACUAAAAAGAAAACUCAUUCUGUUUAUGGUGCUUUUUAUAAAGAUGUUGAUAUGAGUAAAACUGCCAAAAAAAUUAAAUUUGAUUAA